AUGGUCUCGGGACUAUCGCGAAUCGGGCCGGUGACCAGUCACGGCCACCACCAAAUCAUACAGACCAACACCAUCCAGCGGCCGUUGCAGCCAUUGUCGCCACAGAACAACCGCAAAGAUCCCAACAAGAUCCUUGUUGCAUCUUAUCUUUACCGGAAGUCAGCCACCACGCACAAUUACAAGAAGAAAUGGUUCGUGUUACGGGUAGGCCAGCUGGCCGAAUACAAAGACUCCAAGGAGCACAAACCAACGAGUGUGAUAGAUGUUUCGAAUCUGAGAUCUACAAGCCGUGUAGACAAGAAACACUCAAAUUAUCCCCAUUUCGUGGUGUACACGAACAACAAGAAAUUGAAGCUCUAUGCUGAGAGCGAGGACAUCUACCAGAGCUGGAAAAGUGCACUGGAGAAAGUGAUUAACCAUGGGGACGAGUCACAUGACGAGUCAAACGGAGCCCGAAAAGACGAAGAAGUCGAAGAAAAGGAGCAGGCCGAGCAAAUCUUCGCGGUGCCGUUCCAGAAACCAAAUGUCAAAGCUCCCAACCUAGAAACAUCCGGCCAUGACCAGUUCAGUGGAGUUGAUGAUCCAAAUUAUACGUCGUGCGCGUCGGAUUCAUUCCAACAGUCCAACGCCGUGAUACCGGCGGUCCUACCACCAAAUACAAAUCAACAGCCCUCUCUGGAUGUGAUCGAGGAGAGUCUCUCUCCAAUGAACACCAAACCGGGCGAAGAAGGAAGCCCGUCGAGCAAGCUAACAGAUCUGGCUACAGACAUUCAGUUUGGAUCAGACGCCAAGAACGAAAUUCUUAUAGAACAGGGUCAUCUCUCCAGACUGUACAAGACCUACAGCCAAUGGAAAAAGUUCCGCAUUAUCCUGACCAACAAGCGAAUGUAUUUCUACAAAGCAUCUACAAGAAGAGACAAACCGAUCAAGACAAUCGAUGUUAACGAUAUCUUGGAUAUUUGCGAGUUGGACCCUCUUUCGCGGACCAGGUUAUGGUGCCUGCUUAUCAUAACGAAGAAGAAGAGGAUACGUUUUUGUGCAGAUAACGAGGAAGAGUUGUUGAAGUGGAUUGUUGCAAUAAAAAUGGUGAUAAACAAAAGGGACAGAGUUUCGAAGGCAUCUACAGCAACAUAG